AUGGAGCUCAGAAGGGGAAAGACUUUCAUCAAGUCCAGUUUGCAGAUUUCCCAUGAGAAACCAACAGUGGCAGAGGCUGCCUUCCGGAGUAAGGAAGCUGGGCCUUUCGGGCCAAAUCCAACAGGAACUGAUGGAAGGUCCUUAGAAGAGGAGAGUCAGAAAGUAGGUCUGGCCUCUCAUAAACAUUACAGGUUCUCCAACAAGGUGACCCGUUUGGCACCUGAUGAAGACUUUGGGGCUUCUUGUGGGUCUUCCUACAAACUGGUGCGGAAGAGCAAGACUCAUGAUUGUGUGAUGGGGGCAGACAAGCCUGUAGGGAGGCUGGUCAACAGUAUUAGCUUUUCUGGUCUGGGAAGUCACCUGGGAGCCCAUGGUAGGAGAGCACCAGUGGGCAGUCCUAGCCCAUCCAGUUGCAGUGGUCAGCAAAUGAUUGAUUACCGUCACUUUGUGCCCCAAAUGCCCUUUGUGCCAGCCGUGGCCAAGAGCAUUCCUAGGAAGAGGAUUUCUCUGAAGAGAUCUAAGAAGGGGUUCCGGGACAUAUUCCAUAUUAAGAAGAACAAGUCAGAGAAUCUGGCCAUGCUGAUGGGGAAAGGCAAAAACCUGCCAUCUCCAGAAGGUGAGAGUGAAAUGUCUGGAAGGCUAGGCAAGUCCUUCUUCAAACCUGGGGAGACAUUGGCUGCUGAUAGCUUGGCUCAGGACUUAUCUGACAGUGAGAUACAGUCAGACUCCUCUUACGACUACUGUGGGGCCUUGUGUGAAGAUGUGGCUUCCCUUAAGAGCUUUGACUCUCUGACUGGCUGUGGGGAGAUUUUUGCUGAUGAGGUAUCAGCUUCACUGGAGCUGGAGGGCAGCCAGGAGAUUCUGACCCGGAGGCCAAGAGCCAGAGAGAACACAUCUGCCAUGGGCUCUUUCCAGGGUGGGGUAGAACAGCUGGCCUCACCAGCUCAGAACGAGGCCACCGACUUUGUCAAGUUCUGGGACAAUAUCAACUGGUCCGUGAGGCGACACCAAAGUGCGUUGUUUGAUAACAAGCUAGAGGGCUCCAAGCCUAGUGAUGCUGGAAAGCCCAAAUAUGAACCAGUCAUGCUGGCUGAUCUUCCAUUGUCUCCUGGUGGUGACCCUGAUAGCUCCAAAAAUAGCUCCAUAGACACUGGAACCCCAAAGAGUGAGCAUCAGGAAUCCACCUCCACCAGUGAUGAAGGUUAUUAUGAUUCUUUUUCCCCUGGCCUAGAGGAUGAUGGAAAGGAGGCCCAAAGCCCAGGGAUGCCCAGUGGCCGGUUCCCUCGGGAUAGCUAUAGUGGUGAUGCCCUUUAUGAGCUCUUCUAUGACCCCAGCGAAGCCAAAAUCAGCCCCAUCCUGGAUGACGACCUGUGUGUGUCAGAGAAUCUUUCUGAGCAGGCAGUGGAAAUUCCCUUGUCCAUCUACAGUUUCCAUGUAGGAGCUGAGGAGAACUUGGCUCCUCAGCCAGCCCUGGACAUCAUCAGCCAGAGUUUCCUGCACAGCACUUGGAAGGGGAAGGAGUGCCUCUUGAAACUGUGUGACACAGAACUCUCCCUCACUAUGGGCAUUAUCAACUGGCUCCGCAGGAACCCGGAACUUGUUUCCCCCUCAGAUCGGGCCCACACUCUGUCAUCUCCAAUAAAGGAAAGUGGGGACCCUCUUGCCUGCUUGGGCCUCCCAUUAGGCCAAGAAGUGGGAGAAACAACUAUUACUGUGGAGUCCAGGAAGGAGGACUCAAAUGAGAAGGAAAGCGACAAGCCAGAACUCCUGUGUCACUCAGAAGGAGAGACCAACAGGAGACAUUCUAACCAUGGGACAGUAGGAAAACAUAGAGAAGCACCUCAAAGAGAAGAUAGUUCCCCUGGACCCCCAGAUGAGGGAUAUAAAUGUGCCUCAGAUGUGGGCAGGUCCUGGAUGGCUACUAUGCCUCCUCCAGCAACUGGUGGAUGGCAGAUGUACUUGCCUGAGAAGGAUCUGGUUUCCCAUGAGAGUGGGACACUAGGUAAGUCCCCUUCAGCCAUUGGAGAUUCAUUGAAAGAGCUUCCUCAUCACCCCUCACAGUUAUCCACAGAGAAAGGAAAAGGUCAGUCUUCAUCAGAGCCUUCCUCUCUGCCAGUAGAGAUGGAAGAAGUCACUCUGACAGAUGCCUUGGAUGAACACAGAGUCCCGAGUCCCUCUCUCUGUCCCAGCGCCAAUGAAAAACCAAGUCAACCCUUGAACCUAAGAUGCUUCCGAAGCCAGCCCAGCCCUGGCCUUAAAAGAGGUGAACCUGACAUUAUGCCAGUUUUGGAGAGCUGCAUGGCACAGGUGGCAUCCUUGAAGAUUAGCUAUGAAAACAAACCUCUAGCUGAGUGGUGCCUCAGGAAGGAAGAGGGCAGUACUCUGUGUAAGAGACAGAAGGUUGGGAGCCACUGUGUCUUGCUACAAAACAAAUGCAAUUGCAACCCUCCCAACUCUGGAUAUCCCCUUCUUUCUCCAACGGGGAAGCUUCAAGAAGUGGACCACUGUGUACCCACAAGCCCCAACCAGGGACCAGGUCCCUGGCAUAGUCAGAAAAGCCAGACGAGUUUCUUGAACUACACAAAUCAAGUCUCAUCAAAUAAGAUCAACUUUGAAUAUGCCCAACUGAAUGGUCAAGCCCUUUCCUACAUCCAGGACCUUCACCUCCAGCUCAGCCCUGGAGACCCCUCUGUGACCACACAGGAGGGCCAGCCGAAAUUUAUACCUCUCUUUGCCUCCAGUGGCUCAGUUAGGCCAGGAGCCUUCCCUCAGGCCUCAUGUGCGGGUAGCAGCUCUCCACAGAACUUGUGCCCAUGUUCAGAUAUAAAGAUACCUGGUUCUACCUCUGGGAGCCCCCUGGAAUGCCAUCACAAUCUUCUGAGUCAUGUAGGGGCCCUCCCCUGUCAUGCUGAGGUGAUGGCUGCCAGCCCGGCCAUGGCUGAGACCAACCUGUGA